AUGUCUCGUCGUUUCGCUACAUACGGUGGUCUCGCUGCUGUUGGUGGUGUGACCUACUACCUCUACAGCGCUGGAGGCGACCCGAAGCUUGCCGAGAAGAAGGCCGAACACGAUGCUGCGACUGCUGCACGCAAGCUAAGAGGCGACUACCCCGGCCAGGACAAGGAAGCAAAGAAGGCUGGCGAGGAGGGCUACGAGGCAGUCCGCGCCAGUGCACAGCAAUACGCCAACCAAGCCAAGGCGGAAGCAAAGAAGGCAGAGCAAAAGCUUGAUGCUUACAGCGCCGAUGCGAAGAGGCAGUACGAAGAUGCCAAGGCCCGCGCUGAGCGUGAGCUACACGAGGCAGGCAAGCAGGUCAACGCUGCCGCCAACAAGUUCGAUGCUGUCGUCGAGGACAAGGCCGCCAAGACUUCGUCAUGGUUCGGCGGAUUGUUUGGCGGAAAGUAA